AUUUCGAGUAAAUGGCGGAAGGAACACGAAGAAUCUUUUCGCUCCACCGAUGAAACAACCAAAAUUGAGGAAGAUGUUGAAAAACAACCAGAUGUUGCAAAAAUUCAAUCUCCACAUACUCCUACGAUAACCUUUAAUGAACAAGAAAUUUUAUCCGAACAAUUUCAAAAUUAUUUACGCAUUGCCGAGGCCUUUAUGAAAACGCUUAAACGACCUAAAGAUAUAGAAAUUUGUACAAAUCUCUUGCGCAAAGUCCAGAGACUCAAUGAUAGUAAACAUAUAGAGGUGAAACGUAAUAAUAAUGCUUUCUUUCGUUAUUGUCUAAAGGUAUUAAAGUGGACAAGUGAUAAUCAACCGUUGGAAUUAUAUCAACAAUGGUAUCGCAAUAAGGAAUUAGUCGAAGGUCCAACAGAAUCACGUACUUGGUUGGAGGAUAAUAAAUCUUAUAUGGCUUUAAAGAGUCUUAAAGAUGGCACAAAUAUUAUCUAUGCAGCUGUAUGUGAUGAGCCUUCUGCCGGUUGGCAAGAUGGUGGUUUAAAUAUUUUGGCUAAACGGGGUGCAUGUUCUAGGAAUUAGUUAAAGGAAAUUACAAAAUACGCAUAUACACAAACAGAAGUUUGAUGAUUCGAUAUGUAUUUUUCAACUUUAUUUUGAGAUUCUUAAUUACUCGUUGUUUUCAAUAUAAAAUAAAAUUGUUGUAUAAAAAAAAAACGAUUUUAAAAACUACAUACUAAUUUGUGUAAAAUGGACGGUAUGUGUUAAAACUAAUAAGAGCUUGAUUUGAAUAAUACGUCUAUGUGGAAUUCAUUUGUCAAUUCCGUAAAAAUUUAGAAAACACCAAGGCGCCAAAGAGUAAAAUCAAAGCCCACAAGGUUUUAGAAACACUCAAUGAUGUAGAACCAUUGCAGCUGUCACUGGAACAAUAGCAUUCCUCCCAAUAAACACCAUUUUCAUAGACUCCCCAGUUACAGACACCCGUAACACCAGUAUCAGCCACAGAGGCACAACGUCUAAUAACCUGACGCCAGCGACCAUCCC